CGAUUCCAAAGACCCAUUUGCAAACCAAACCCUCUCAAACUCGAAGCAUAUUCCGUUUUCUCCAGGGACUCCAAUUCUCUGCGGGAAAAUACGGAUACUUUACUUUGAUCCCUGUUUCUCCUUCACAAACUUCAUCGAAAAAUAGAUUUUCUUCAACUGAAUCCAAUAUUCUGUCUUUCUACAGCUACAAAUAAAAGCCCUCAAUUUUUUUAAGUUCUAAAGUUUUAUUCAAAUUGGUGUUUGCAUUAACGAUCGAUUCUGUAUAUAUAUACACUGCCUAUGGCUCUUCCUCUCGGCAAGCUCACUCUCAUCGUUGGAGCAGGCCUUGCCGGGUCAAUUCUUGCUAAGGAAGGACGCAUAUCUGACGUGUCUGGAUUUUUCUCUGGUGCUUUUAAGAUUUUGAAGAAACUACAGCGAGAUGAUUCAACCAUUUCAAAUGCCAAACCAAAGAAUGAUUCUUUGUUGCGACAGGUUAAUAGCUUGAGGGAGGAGCUGCAACUGUUGGCAUCAAGUAGAUCUGUUACCAUUGUUACAUCAAAUACUUCAGGUUUCUGUUGUCAUAAAUUCAUAUUUCGCAUGAAAGCAAUGAUAAUGUAAUGCAUCUUUCUGGAA